AUGAAUCUUAGUGAAUCUAAAGUUUUUAGUCAAAAGAGAAAAGCAGUCCACAAUCUGUUGCUUUUGGAGUCUGAGCAGCUCUCGGAGUGUGAGCCCCGCACCCAGGACAGCAAUCAUUCCUCCAGCUCCCNAAGAGAGAGGCCUCUGAAAGCUGAAGAGCUCCACCAUGAACGCCUUGAUAGUAAUGUGUGGAUUGAAUUUACCAAGUUGACUGCAGACCCCUCUGUUGUGAAUCUUGGCCAAGGCCUUCCAGAUAUAUCGCCUCCUCUAUAUGUAAAGGAAGAAUUAUCGAAGAUUGCAGCAACGGAUAGAUUGAAUCAGUAUACACGGGGCUUCGGUCAUCCAUCACUCGUGAAAGCUCUCUCCUGCCUAUAUGGAAAGUUGUAUCAAAAGCAAAUUGAUCCAAAUAAAGAAAUCCUUGUGACAGUAGGAGCAUAUGGAUCUCUUUUUAAUGCUAUUCAAGGAUUAAUUGAUGAGGGAGAUGAAGUCAUAAUAAUAAUGCCUUUCUUUGACUGCUAUGAGCCCAUGGUGAGAAUGGCUGGAGGAACACCUGUUUUUAUUUCUCUAAGAUCUAAACCUGUCGAUGGGAAAAAAUGGUCUAGUUCUGACUGGACAUUGGAUCCUGAAGAACUGGCAAGUAAAUUUAAUUCCAAAACCAAAGCUAUAAUACUGAAUACACCACAUAAUCCCAUGGGGAAGGUGUACACCAAAGAGGAACUCCAAGUAAUUGCUGACCUUUGCAUCAAGUAUGACACACUUUGCCUCAGUGAUGAGGUUUACGAAUGGCUUGUAUAUACUGGAAACAAGCAUUUAAAAAUAGCCACUUUUCCAGGCAUGUGGGAGAGAACAAUCACUAUAGGAAGUGCUGGAAAAACUUUCAGUAUAACUGGCUGGAAGCUUGGCUGGUCCAUUGGUCCUAAUCACUUGAUAAAACAUUUACAGACAGUUCAACAAAACAGCAUUUAUACUUGUGCAACUCCUUUACAGGAAGCCUUGGCUCAAGCUUUUUGGAUUGACAUCAAGCGCAUGGAUGACCCAGAGUGUUACUUUAAUUCCUUGCCAAAAGAGUUAGAAGUAAAAAGAGAUCGGAUGGUACAUUUACUUGAAAGUGUUGGCCUAAAACCCAUAAUUCCUGAUGGGGGAUACUUCAUCAUUGCUGAUGUAUCUUUGCUAGAUGCAGACCUGUCUGAUAUGAAGUACAAUGAACCUUAUGACUAUAAAUUUGUAAAAUGGAUGAUCAAAAAUAAGAAACUGUCAGCCAUCCCAGUUUCAGCAUUCUGUAAUACAGAAACCAAAUUACAGUUUGAGAAGUUUGUGCGAUUUUGCUUCAUUAAAAAAGACAGUACACUAGAUGCUGCUGAAGAAAUCAUCAAGGCAUGGAGUAGACAGACGUCUUGAUAAAUGCAAACUGCAUCAAUAUUUCUGUUAGACGACUUAGUAUGAAAUUGUUGUUAGUGCAGCCACUUGCUGGAGAUUACAAAACAAAUAUCAGUGCAAAUGAAAUUUAAAGAAAUAUUUCCAUUGUUUUUCCAAAAAAGUUAACCCCUCCCCUGACAAUAUUCAAGAGAUCUGAUUUUUUUUUUUCAGUUGAAAUGUAUUAAGACACCUUCCACUACCGUUUUAUGAGAGUCAAUAUAACAUUGUGGAUAUGAACUGUGAGAUACUAGUUCAUGCUUCACCUCUCUGUGCUUCACUUUCCUCAUCAUAAAAGAGACAAAUAUUACCUACAUUAUAUAAAGUUUGUGAGUUGUGUGUGAGGAUGAAAUGGACUGUUAUAUGUAAAGCCUGGCAAACAAACUCUCAACU